CGCAGCUGUGCUCCAGCAGAUUGGGGGAGGGGUGCGCGGAGCCGACAGUUUCGGGUGAAAAGGCAAAAGGUGGGUGCAAAGCUGCCUUGAAAGCACCCCCCCCUUACUUGCAUUUCCGUCCGCUCUGCGGAGUUGGCAGUCACGGCCUGCAACACAGGAUGUGGAACUGUAAGUUGUCCCACCUACAAAGCAAACUCCAGGCGUUGCUAAAGGGAGGAGUCAUAUACCGAACCCUUCAACAGCCCACCUUCAAAAGCUUAUUUCCUUUAACGAUUCAUAGGUACCAUACAGUUUCCAAGCCUCUGAACUGUGCCUGGCAGCAGCAUGAAGAUCAUUUUGAACUACAGUAUGCUAACACUGUGAUGCGCUUUGAUUAUGUCUGGCUUCGAGAUCACUGCCGGUCAGCAUCUUGCUACAACUCUAAGACUCAUCAGCGCAGCCUGGACACUGCCAGUGUGGAUUUAUGUAUCAAGCCAAAGACCAUACGUUUGGAUGAGACCACGCUCUUUUUCACUUGGCCAGAUGGUCAUGUGACUAGAUAUGAUUUGGAUUGGCUGGCAAAAAACAGCUACGAAGGGCAGAAACAGAAGGUUAUCCAGCCUAGAAUAUUAUGGAAUGCUGAGAUCUACCAGCAAGCUCAAGUUCCAUCUGUAGAUUUCCAGAGCUUCUUAGAAACUAAUGAGGGACUGAAGAAGUUUUUGCAAAACUUUCUGCUCUACGGAAUUGCAUUUGUAGAAAAUGUCCCUCCCACUCAGGAGCACACAGCAAGGUUGGCAGAAAGGAUCAGCUUGAUCAGAGAAACUAUCUAUGGGAGGAUGUGGCAUUUCACUUCAGACUUCUCCAGAGGUGACACUGCAUACACAAAGCUAGCUCUGGAUAGGCACACUGACACUACCUAUUUUCAAGAGCCCUGUGGUAUUCAAGUGUUUCACUGUCUUAAGCAUGAAGGAACGGGUGGCAGGACACUGCUGGUAGAUGGAUUCUAUGCAGCAGAACAGGUACUUCAAAAGGCACCUGAGGAAUUUGAACUCCUCAGCAAAGUACCACUGAAGCAUGAAUAUAUUGAAAAUGUUGGAGAAUGUCAGAACCACAUGAUAGGGGUUGGGCCAGUGUUAAAUAUCUACCCGUGGAAUAAAGAGCUCUAUUUGAUCAGGUGA